CUCCGUUGCACCGUUCUAAUAUACGCAUCAGCCUGUUUUUGAGAUCAGUUCAGAAUGACAUAACGGUUUGCUCCGCUGCCUCAAAAGCAGCGCCACGAUGAUGAAGAGGUUUGUGACUUUGGUGCUGCGCGGCCUUGUUAGCCUGUCCAAGGAGAACUCCAUCUGGGCAAAAGAUUGCCAUCGACCACCGAAGAAGGUGAUCAGGAGGAAGAGGAGGAUGGUGAAAAGAGCUAGGACCAUGGGAGGACGCACCUUUGUGAGGGGGAUGAUAUUGACGGUGUACCUCAGUGAUGGGGAACAAGCAAUGACGGAGGUGCCCAUCACCCCUGAGACAACAUGUCGAGACGUUGUCGAGUUCUGCAAAGAGCCGGGUGAGAGCGGCUGCCACCUGGCUGAGGUCUGGAGAGGCAAUGAGCGAGCUAUCCCAUUUGAGCACAUGAUGUAUGAACAUCUGCAGAAAUGGGGACCUCGGAAACAGGAGGUCAAGUUCUUCCUGCGGCAUGAAGAUUCACCCACUGAAAACAGCGACCAGGGGAGUCAGCAGUCUCAAGAUCAGACGACCCGCAGAAGUGGGAGCAGCGGAGACAAGAAUAAUGAGAACGGGGUGGGGAAUCAGCGUGUGGAGCUGACGCUGACGGAGCUGCAGGAGAUGGCCACACGGCAACAGCAGCAGAUCGAGGCGCAGCAGCAGAUGCUUGUUGCAAAGGAGCAGCGUCUGCGUUACCUGAAACAGCAGGAGCGGCGUCAGCAGCAAACUGUUUCGGAGAGCGAGAAGUUGCAGCGGCUGAAGGAGCGUGUGGAGAGUCAAGAGGCGAAGCUCAAGAAAAUUCGGGCAAUGAGAGGCCAGGUGGACUACAGCAAGGUCAUCAACGGCAACUUGUCGGCAGAGAUCGAGCAAGUCAGCGGUCUCUUCCAAGAGAAGCAAGCUGAGCUGCAAGCUGCUGUGCUGAGGGUGGAGCAGCUGAGCCUGCAACUGGAGGACCUGCGGCGUGGGAAGCUCAACGGCAUCCAGACGACUCUGGGAGGGCAAGUGACUGGCGCGGCCGCCCUGGAACUGCGUAAGCUCUACCAGGAGCUCCAGAUUCGCAACAAAUUGAACCAGGAGCAGAACAGCAAGCUGCAGCAACAGAAGGAGCUCUUGAACAAACGCAACAUGGAGGUGACACUCAUGGACAAGCGCAUCAGUGAACUGAGGGAACGCCUCUACAAGAAAAAAGCUGAGGCACGUCAAAAAGAGAACCUUCCUCUUAACAGAGCCAACGGGCCUCCAUCCCCCCAGCCAGCUCCUGGCACAUUGGGUCGCGUGGCUGCUGUUGGACCGUACAUCCAAGUCCCUGUCCCAGGAAGACCUGAGGGAAACUACGCUAUACCACCUGACCCCCUGAAGCCGCAGUCUCUGGGCGUUAAUAACCAGUCUAAUCAAGGCCGCGCCAAAUCAGACGGUGUGCGAAAGCCUCCUGCCACUUGGAAGGUGUCAGAUUUAGACAUCGUUGUGGACCCAGUUUCCCAGCCCCCUCCAGAAUCAGGCCCCGGAGCCUCAGCUGGCUCCGAUGGGACGUCCCCUAACGAAAGUGGUUGGCCUGCCUUGGGAAAAACCAGCAACACCCUGAAACCUCCAGAGAGGAGAGACUCUGGGAGCGACACGCAGGGCAAGACCCCUUCAUCCCCCGUCGCCCCAGGAGGUCCAGACAAGGUGUCUUCACCUGCCAUCUCCAAGCCUCAGCCUCCACCCUACGGCUCCCAUCUUACCUCAGCAAACUCAGCUAGCUCCCUGGACCGCCGCAAGGAUGUACCACUUUCUCGACCGCUCCCAAACCCACCUGCACCCGCUUGGCCCCGCCUCCCACCUGCGACUGGCUCGUCCUCACAGCAAAUUCAGCAGCGUAUCUCAGUGCCGCCAAGCCCGACUUUCCAACCCAAUGCUCCGCUCUUCCCGCCGGGAAUCAGCGAGCGCCUUGAUCCUCCUCCUGCUGUGGCUGUACGGCCGUUUAUUCCAGACAGAGGGUCCCGCCCUCAGUCCCCUCGAAAAGGACCAGCCACCAUGAAUUCCAGCUCUAUCUAUCACAUGUACCUCCAGCAGGCAGCACCAAAGAGUCAGCCCCUGAAGCCUGCCCUCAAAGCUGUUUAUGGCAAGCCAGUGCUUCCAUCCAGCUCCACUCCACCAUCGCCUCUACCUUUCAGCCAGACAGGGGGAGCCUUCCCUUUGCUUCAGGGUCCACCAGGCGGCGAGGAUGCACUGGAUGGAGAGCUGGAUGACUUGGAGGGCUUCCAGCACCUGGAGCCAUCAGCCCCGCCGCCCAGCGUGGAGAACAUUCCUCGCCCACUGAGUCCCACGAAGCUAACACCAAUGGUACACUCCCCACUGCGCUACCAAAGUGACGCCGACCUUGAGGUGCUCCGUAAGAAGCUUGCCAACGCUCCUAGGCCCCUGAAGAAACGCAGCUCCAUCACAGAACCGGAAGGUCCCAGUGGGCCUAACAUCCAAAAGCUACUCUAUCAGAGGUUCAACACUCUGGCAGGAGGAAUCGAAGGAGGCGGCGGGGGUGGAUCCGGAGGUGGAAAUGGUGCCGGAAGUGGAACGCCUUUUUACCAGCCAGCUAAUCCUGCAGGCCUUUUGGGUGGAGACUCUGCGGGUGAUUCUGACAAUGGCAACCUUUUGCCUGAGAUGCCGCUUCCUCCACCGCCUGGGCCAGAGGAGCUGGGCUCUGAGGCUCUACUGCCAUCUACUGACGCUAAUGACAACCAGCCGCUUCCUCCCCCACCCGAAGGGCUGGCAGAUGCUGCUGAAGGUGAGGAAGUGGAAGACAACGACAACAAUAACAACACUGCGGAAUGUGAGGCGCUGCUUCCGAGCCCUGUGCCGGAGGUCAGCACUCCUGAGGAGAGUGGCACCAUCCUGGCACAACCUUCGCGAACCAACCUGAAGAAGCCUGACUCAGAGCGCACGGGCCACGGUUUCAGGGUGAAGUUUAACCCUCUGGCUCUGCUGCUGGACGCGUCACUGGAGGGGGAAUUCGACCUCGUGCAGAGGAUCAUCUACGAGAUGGGACCUCCUCUUUUCCAGGUGGAAAACCCAAGCACGCCCAACGACGAGGGCAUCACGCCGCUGCACAAUGCCGUGUGUGCCGGACAUCAUCAUAUUGUCAAGUUCCUGCUGGAUUUUGGUGUCAACGUCAACGCUGCCGACAGUGACGGGUGGACACCCCUUCACUGCGCCGCCUCCUGCAACAGUGUUCACCUGUGCAAGUUGUUGGUGGAGUCAGGGGCGGCCAUCUUUGCCAGCACUAUCAGUGACGUGGAGACGGCAGCGGAUAAGUGUGAGGAGAUGGAAGAAGGCUACAUCCAGUGCUCCCAGUUCCUAUAUGGUGUUCAAGAGAAGUUGGGAGUGAUGAACAAGGGCACUGUCUACGCACUGUGGAAUUACGAAGCUCAGAACCAGGAUGAGCUUUCCUUCGGUGAGGGAGACGCCAUCACCAUUCUGCGACGACAGGAUGACAACGAAACGGAAUGGUGGUGGGCGCAGCUAGAAGACAAAGAGGGCUAUGUGCCCCGUAACCUACUCGGGCUCUAUCCACGGAUCAAGCCUCGGCAGCGUUCUUUAGCCUAGAGUCUGGCGCCCCCCUCUCUGGACAAAACCAAGAGCAGAGAACAAAAAGGAGCCUGGCGCUCCGUCUUCUCCCAACAACUGUCUUCUUCCUUUGCCUGGUGCUUCGCUUAAAAUUCCUUUUCUCUAAAGCAGCAGGCAACAGACACGUUAUUUUACAUACACAUGUGAACACAAGCACUCCAGAUGGAACGAUCCAUCUUUGGACUUGGUUAUCCUGUGAACUCAUCCGCUCUGUAACAGACCUAAACUUGAAAACCCUCCUCUCAUUAUUUAUUGCUCUCCCUGUCAUCUCAUUCUGCCCCUUAUGUUUUCAUGUCAGUUUUUGUUUACACAACACUUAAAGAUUACAGGAAUUUUGCUUUUGUUUUUCAAUGAUUUUUAUUGGUAGCCAUUUUUAAUGUCUAUACUCCUCUACUACAAAAAAAAUAACAAGAAAUACUGGCAAGUUCUUCAGGCAUUUUAUGUUCAUGAUAUUUUUUUUGUACUUUAACAAACCAAAAAUAAGUUGAAAGUAUAUGGAAUUGUUGAUGCUUUCAGACAGUAUUAAUUUAACCUGUCGCGGAAAUGCUAAUAGCUGCACAGUAGCUGUGUGUCCGUAUUAAUGAUCAAUUAACUCUGUCAAUAUUCAAUUUGUCAGGUUGUUAAAAAAAUAUUAGCAGAUUAAAAGAUGAAUUUAACUACUAUUUUUCUAAAGUGAUGAAAAGAGUUAAAGCAGCUUUUUUAAAACCAAAUGCAUUAAUCGCUGCGACGCUAACAAUCUGUAAAUGUGUGUAAACGUCAUAGAACCUAUGGUGGAAGAUGAAUCUGCAUUUACAAAUUUAGAGCUUCUGUUCGUCUCUAUGGUUUUAUAUUUCAGUGUGUAAUAGAGUUAAGAAAAAGUUAAAUCAAACUUAAAUCUCUACCAGAAAAGUCAAGGGUUUCAAAGCAGCAGUGACAAACUCCUUCACAAACACUCAGGAUUGACAUCAUGCUGCUGACACUGUCCCCACCACAAGUGAUCACGUUUGUAUUUAACAGCUCAAAUUCAAAGUUUCUGUGUCACCAAAGUAUUUUAUGAUUUAACUGCAUUCAGACUUCACCAAACUGUGCAUCCCAUCCCCUUUCAGACUCCCGCCAUCCCUGAAACACAGCUAUGCUACAUGUACAGACUGGUACAUGUGCUGUCACCUCUAGUGAACAUCUCAAUGUGUUUUUGAACCUUCGAGUGACUGAAUAUUUUGCCAUGUGUGCAAGUGACCCAGGCUUCAUGAAUUAAACCUGUACAUAGUGUGAGGUGUGCUAAAAAAAAAGUGUGUUUGCUGUAUGGACAAGUGAGCUCUAUGUACAAAUGCUGUACUCACACAUGCAAUUCUGUAAAUGUGAACAAUAAAACAGAAGCUCUGGCAUGAA